UGGUCCGUUCAGGGCAGGGGAUGACUCACGGCCCAUCCCAUCUCCCCAACACCGCCCGCCCGCGCAGAGCUCGCUUAGCAGAGGAGGAGGCGGCGGCAAGCAGGGGGAGGGGGACUCUUAUUUUGUUAGGGGGACCGGGCCGAAGCCCGACCGGCCUGGCAGGGCUCGCCCGGGGCCGGGCGUCAUGUCUCAUGCCACCGAGCCAGCUCGGGACAGUGUAGAGGCUGGCGCGGAGGGCCCUCGAGCACUGUUCGUGGUCUUGGAGGAUCGCAGUCCGACCGACUCGGCCCAGCUGCUCAGCCUGAACUCUUUACUUCCGGAGUCUGGGAUUGUUGCUGACAUCGAGUUAGAAAACGUCCUUGAUCCUGACAGCUUCUACGAGCUCAAAAGCCAACCUCUAGCACUCCACUCCAGCCUCCCCAUCUCAGUCCAGGCCACCCCAGCGACACUGUCUGCAUCAUCUUCUGCAGGGGGCUCCCGGACCCCUGCCAUGUCGUCUUCGUCAUCUUCGAGGGUCUUGCUGCGGCAGCAGCUAAUGCGAGCCCAGGCCCAGGAGCAGGAGAGACGGGAGCGGCGGGAGCAGGCUGCAGCCUCCACCUUCCCCAGCCCAGUGCCGGCCUCUCCCGCUAUCUCUGUGGUUGGUGGAGCCUCUGGGAGCCACACGCUUGGCCGACCCCCACCAGCUCAGGUGCCUAGGGAGGUGCUGAAGGUGCAGACCCAUCUGGAGAAUCCAACACGCUACCACCUGCAGCAGGCACGCCGCCAGCAGGUCAAGCAGUAUCUGUCCACCACACUGGGGCCGAAGCUGGCAUCCCAAGCCCUCACCCCACCACCAGGGGCUGCAGGUGCCCAACCCCUCCCUGCCCCCGAGGCCACCCAUACUGCAGGGCCCACGGGCAGUGCUCCUAACAGCCCCAUGGCCCUACUCACCAUUGGCUCCAGCUCAGAGAAGGAGAUCGAUGAUGUUAUCGAUGAGAUCAUCAGCCUGGAGUCCAGUUACAAUGAUGAGAUGCUCAGCUAUCUGCCAGGAGGCACUGCCGGACUGCAGUUGCCCAGCACGCUGCCUGUGUCAGGGGGCCUGCUGGAUGUCUACAACAAUCAGGGUGUCGCCACACCAGCCAUCACUGUCAGCAACUCUUGCCCAGCUGAGCUGCCCAACAUCAAACGGGAGAUCUCAGAGACGGAGGCAAAGGCCCUUUUGAAAGAACGCCAGAAAAAGGACAAUCACAACCUGAUUGAGCGUCGCAGGCGAUUCAACAUAAAUGACAGGAUCAAGGAGCUGGGUACCCUCAUCCCCAAGUCCAGUGACCCGGAAAUGCGCUGGAACAAGGGCACCAUCCUGAAAGCCUCCGUGGACUAUAUCCGCAAGCUGCAGAAGGAACAGCAGCGCUCCAAGGACCUGGAGAGCCGGCAGCGCUCCCUAGAGCAAGCUAACCGCAACCUCCAGCUCCGAAUCCAGGAACUCGAACUGCAGGCCCAGAUCCACGGUCUGCCAGUGUCUCCCAACCCGGGGCUGCUCUCCCUGGCCACAACAGCGGCCUCUGACAGCCUGAAGCCGGAGCAGCUGGACGUGGAGGAGGAGGGCCGGUCAGGAGGUGCCGCACCAUUUCAUGCUGGGGGAGCCGCUGGCCCAAGUGUCCCCCCCCAGCAGGGCCCAGUGCCACCUUCAGAUACCCUUCUGGACCUGCACUUUCCCAGCGACCACCUGGGGGAUCUGGGGGACCCCUUCCACCUUGGGCUGGAGGACAUUCUGAUGGAGGAGGAGGAGGGGGCUGUCGGUGGGCCACUCUCAGGGGAUGCUCUGUCCCCACUCCGGGCUGCCUCUGACCCUCUGCUUUCUUCUGUGUCCCCGGCGGUCUCCAAGGCCAGCAGCCGCCGCAGCAGCUUCAGCAUGGAGGAGGAGUCCUGAUCAGGCUUCAGCCCUCCCCCUGGGACUUGCCCACCCAGGCCAGGAGGACAUUCAGGAAGAGGUCCUGCCUUCCCCUCACCCCCUGACCCUCCCAUGAGUUGCCCCCCACCCCCGCCCAGUUGUGUCAGGGAAACAACGUGGCAUGGUCCCACCCC